AUGCGACCACCGUCGCCAAGUCAAACAACACCGCUGUCUCCAACCAUGGCGUCACGCUCGCCGUCUCCGAUCACCUCCCGACGUAGACGAUCCAAAACUCAGAGCAACGAACAGGCACUGAAUCCGAGUUUCGCUGACCUUCCAUCAAGCCUUUUGGAAACAAUAAUGUCUCGUAUUGUGUUAAAAGACAACAUUCGUGCAUCCGCUGCAUGCAAGUCAUGGCAUGAAGCUGCAAUAUACGUACGAGUUGUGGAAAAGCAUCCAUGGCUUAUGUGCUUUCCUAAAUUUGGUGGCGGUAACUUGUUCCAGUUCCGCGAUCCAGUGCAAUCUAAGUCUUUCACUUUGGAACUUCCAGGACGUAGUUUCUCCUUAGAACCAGACGAAAUAUUCUUCUUCAACCCGUUUUCUAAGGAGCGCAUAAGCUUGCCUGUGCUCGAACCUACGCUCAAAUUCAUACGUUCUCAUGAGCUUGCAUUCACUUGUCCUCCUACGUCGGAUGAUUGUGUGUUGUUAGCGUCAUUCUGUGAUUAUCAGAGAGUUAAUGUGACUUUGAGAACUUGGUGUCCCGGAGCAACUGAGUGGAGUAUUAUUACUCAUGAGGACGCUGGAUGGUUUGGGUUCUUUGGGAAGUACGGCAAGCUUGUCUAUCUCAAUGAUCGAUUUUAUAUUUUAAACUCAACAAGCUUGCAUUCCUUUCAUCCAUCUUCCGGCACGUGGGAACAUCGUCCUACUACGCGUCUCCAUGAUCAUAAUGAUGGUCAGCGUCAGCGAUAUGGCCGUGGGCCGAACGAGACAACAUUUUACUUGGCGGAGAAGAGAGGAGAGGUCAUUCUCCUGGUUACAUGCAACAAAGAGAAGCCAAAGGUGUAUAAGCUAGUCUCUUUGGAAUGGAAAGAGAUGAGUGACGCUGAGCUUGAUGGCUUGACAUUCUUUGUGAGUUUAUAUAACUGUGAGUUGAGAAGUGAUCUCACAUGCAUGAGGAACAGAGUCUAUUUCUCAAGGUCUGGUGGCAAUCGUAAGCAUUGUGCUUAUUACUCAUUUGAUGAAAACAGCUUCACUUCGUAUAAUGCAUCGCACUACCGCGGACUUGAACUUUGUUCUCGUAACAGCGUCUGGAUCGAUCCGCCAAGCAACGUUUUAGACUAUUUUGUGAGUGAGAGCUUUGCAUGA